CAUGGAAAACUGAAACGGAGGUCGAUUGGAGGUCGAUACUGUAAAUUGCCGAGCUAUUCCCGUUCUGUAAUGCCAACCCGCUCGUUGCCACGUCUGGCGUCCCAUGUUGUCUGUCGUACGUGUCGGCUCGCGCUUGUAUAAUCCCCAGCAUAGAUUCUUUCGUCUGUCGUCAACCGGUGACAUAUCUUUGUCAUUGCUGCGUCAUUGUUCUCAAGAGAUCUUUGUCAUUGCACGAGCAAUGACAAGAUCUCAAAAGAUCACACAGUUAAAAACUUGCUUAAUACUCACAAUCGAUCAUGCCUUCUUCUUACAAUUCACAGGACACCCCUGUACUAAAAUUUAUCGACGACAUGAAGACCCACAACACCAAUGCCACUAAAUCUGUUUCUGGUUUUGCGGAACGCCGAGCCAAGAACCUCAUGCUGGUUACUCAAGACUACUCUGAUCUGGAGUUAUUGGGAUUGGUGAUCAAAGACCGACGUGUUUUUGACAGUACAUCUAAUUUUGGAAUGGAUGAUUUUAUGCUUCUUAUCGCCGAAGGUGUCCCUGAUGAAAAUUUACUUAUUGAAGUCUUGAAGCGCAAGAAACUCCAUAAUUACUUGACUCUUCUUCAUCCCAACGCGUCUAACACUCUUUCGAUUGAUGAAAUCAUUAAAGAAAUAGAGAUCCGCAAUCUUCGCAACCAGUUGACGAAGAUUGACCGUCUUCGUAUUGCCCAGGCUGCAUCACCGGAGUUGCCUGCCUCUCAGAUCCAUCGUAAAAUGGACAAAUAGAUAUCACGCGAAGUGGGUUUCAAAACCACGCGGGUUUGACAAACGAGAACAGUAAACAUACCAUAAAUUAAAUUUCU